CUUUCGAUUUUUCUUGAAUGUUGUAACCAUGAACCCGUCGAAUGAAACCCAUCAACAACAAAUUCUUCCUAACGUUUAUAACCCUUUGCAAUUCACCAUCGUUCUUCCACACUCUGACACCAAUUCAAACCCUAAUUCUUCACUCUCAAACCCUAGCAAUGUCAAUGUCAACAGCUUGCUAUCACUUGGUAUACCCCGAAAACGAAGACGAGGCCGGCCACGGGAUGCGCCGUCGUCGAAUCAGGUAUACAAUUUACCUUCCGAAUUUUCUAAUAAUCAGCAACCGACACCUCACUUGAUAGAAAAUUCUUCGAAUGAUAAUCAUUUUGAGGGAAACCCUAACGUUGGAUCAAAUCAAACUGCGCUAUUGGAUGUAUCUGAUGAGAUAAUAGUGAUUAAUAAAGAAGCAACAUCUGAAGCUUUGAUUGCUUUGUCUGCCGGAUUUCCGGCCGAUAUACUUACGGAGGAAGAAAUAGAUGCAGGGGUUGUUUCGGUUGUGGGUGGGAUCGAACAGGUUAACUAUAUACUUAUUAGAAACCAUAUUAUUACUAAAUGGAGGGAGAAUGUGUUUAGUUGGGUGACAAAAGAGAUGUUUCUUGAUGUUGUACCAUCACAUUGUAGUAAGCUUUUAGAUUCUGCAUAUAACUAUUUAGUUUCACAUGGAUAUAUCAAUUUUGGGGUUGCACCAUUGAUUAAGGACAAACAUCUUGUUGAACCUAAUACCAAGGGGAAUGUAAUAGUAAUUGGGGCAGGUCUUGCAGGAUUGGCAGCUGCAAGGCAAUUGAUGUCAUUUGGGUAUAAAGUUACCGUAUUGGAAGGUAGGAAACGCCCAGGUGGACGAGUAUAUACGAAGAAAAUCGAAGGAGGGAAUAAGGUUGCAGCUGCUGAUUUAGGAGGGAGUGUUUUGACCGGUACACAUGGGAACCCACUUGGAAUUUUGGCUAGGCAGUUGUCUUAUCCUCUUCAUAAGAUCCGAGACAAGUGUCCACUUUAUAGAUUGGAUGGGAAACCGGUUGACUCGGAGGUUGAUGCGAAGGUUGAGGUUGCUUUCAACCAACUUCUGGACAAGGCAAGCAAGCUUAGGCAGUUAAUGGGUGAGGUUUCACAAGAUGUUUCUCUUGGGGCAGCUUUGGAGACCUUUUGGCAGGUUGAUGGAAAGGCUGCAAAUCCAGAAGAAAUGAGCUUGUUUAAUUGGCAUCUUGCGAAUUUGGAAUAUGCCAACGCUGGUUUGCUCUCCAAGCUUUCACUGGCAUUUUGGGAUCAAGAUGAUCCAUAUGAUAUGGGAGGAGAUCAUUGCUUUCUGCCUGGUGGAAAUGGGAGAUUGGUUCAGGCGUUAGCAGAGAAUGUUCCAAUUCUUUACGAGAAAACUGUUCAUGCUAUCCGUUAUGGUAGUGAUGGGGUGCAGGUUGUUACCAGUGGAGGCCAGAUAUUUGAAGGUGAUACUGCUUUGUGCACUGUGCCUCUUGGGGUUUUGAAGAGUGGUUCUAUUAAGUUCAUUCCAGAGUUGCCUCAAAGGAAGCUUGAUGGGAUUAAGAGGCUAGGAUUUGGUUUGCUGAACAAGGUUGCUUUGCUUUUUCCUCACCUAUUUUGGGGAAAUGACCUUGACAUGUUUGGGCAUCUCUCUGAUGACCCUAACCGUCGAGGUGAGUUCUUUUUGUUCUAUAGCUAUGCAACUGUAGCUGGUGGUCCAGUUCUGAUAGCAUUGGUAGCAGGAGAAGCUGCUCAUUCUUUUGAAAACAUGCCACCCCCUGAUGCUGUUGCACGAAUUCUUGAAAUUCUUCGAGGUAUAUAUGAACCACAAGGGAUUAAUGUCCCAGAGCCAUUACAAUCUGUCUGUACAAGAUGGGGAAGUGAUCCCUUAAGUUUCGGCUCUUACUCCAAUGUUGCAGUGGGGGCAUCAGGGGAUGAUUAUGAUAUCUUAGCCGAAAGCGUAGGAGAUGGAAGACUUUUCUUUGCAGGGGAAGCCACAACAAGGCGUUAUCCAGCAACCAUGCAUGGAGCUUUUCUUAGUGGCUUAAGGGAAGCAGCAAAUAUUGCUCAUUAUGCUACUAAUCGAGCUCUCAGGGCCAAAGUUGAGAGAAAUCCAUCCAAAAAUGUACAUGCUUGCGCCUCCCUUCUUGCUGAUUUAUUCAGGGAUCCUGAUUUGGAGUUUGGAAGCUUUUCAGCUAUUUACGCCAAGAAAGAUAUGGACGAUAAAUCAAUGGCUGUUUUACGAGUAGUGUUUAGUGGACCAGCAAAGAAAGCUCAAGAAGGUUCAAGACCAGAUCAACAGCAUUCUAACAAACUAAUCUUUCAACAGCUUCAAUCCCAUUUCAAUCAACAGCAACAGCUUCAUGUGUACACUUUGUUAUCAAGAGAACAAGUGUUUGAGCUAAGAGAGGUGAAAGGAGGUGAUGAGAUGAGGUUGAAUUACCUUUGUGAAAAGCUUGGAGUGAAGCUGGUUGGAAGAAAAGGUUUAGGACCUGCUGCUGAUCAUGUCAUUUCUUUAAUCAAGGCUGAGAGAAGCAAACGCAAGCCUGCAUUAACUCCAACUCAAAAAUCUGGAACCUCUAAGCCAAAAUCAGGCUUGAAGCAAAGGUUGGUUAGAAAGGCUAAGAUAUUGCGGAACAAUAGUCCGUUCCCAACGGCUAGUAGAGAUGGGAUGGUUAAAGUGGUUCAGUUAAACCGGGAUGUGGAAGUUGAAGUAGGUAACGACGAGUCUCUUAAAUCAGUUGUUAAUGGUGGCAAUGGGUCUAUUCCAAGUGUAAAUACCGGCUCUGGAUCAAUGAUCGAGUCUGCACCGAAUUUGAAUGUGGAUUCUGGAGUAAUUAAUCCUUCCAACAUCCAAAAUGCACAACAUGGUUGGGAUUUAGUGCCUACUUCGAACGUUGAACUAAAUGGCAAAAUGCAAUAGCAGACGAUGAUUCUUUUUAGGCUAGCAAAUAAGGAGGUGGACAUCUUUGCAGACUAUAACUCUUCUUAGCCUAGCAGAUAAGGAGGUGGACAUCUAUGCAGACAGUAACUCUUCUUAUUCUAGCAGAUAAGGAGGUGGACAUCAUUGCAGACAGUAACUCUUCUUAGCCUAGCAGAUAAGGAGGUGGACAUCCUUGUAGACAGUAACUCUUCUUAGCCUAGCAGGUAAGGAGGUGGACUUCAAUACCCGUUACCAUAGAAUGAUAUCAUUCUCAUACCAUGGUUAGGAAUUUAAAUGGCGCUUUCAGAGUGUGUAGUGGUUCUACUUCAAUUUAUCUCGGACUGCUACCGUAAAGAUUGUAUACAUGUGUACACAUUGAGUUUUAGAUUUAUAUACGUAUCGGUUGUUUGUAUAGUUUGUAAAAUUGUAAUGGGAUGUUCCGUUUACAACUAGAUUUCAUCGGUUGUGAUGUUUUCCAUGUUAAGUGAAAGGGUAAUUGUUCGC